UAUGAAAAAAAAAACAUUUUAGGUUAGGGUAUGUUUAGAGACAUAGAGUUGCCUUUCAGUAAAAUUGUAUGCUUACAGUGCGUAAUUUAUAAUAAUUCUUAACAUCAUGUUUACUUCUAACAGGAUUUGUUUGAUCAAAUUGAAGGAAGUUGUAUCAUUACAAUUAAAGCGAAAGCCUACUCAUGUACUCACUGGAGAUUUCAGAACUAGAUGUUUCUGUGACAAAAAAGACAGUAAUAAAAGUACACAUUCAAAUAAUAAUAGACCUACUGAUACUGACAACAUUAAAAUUGAAGAAGCUGAUUCUAUUUUGGAUUCCAAAUAUAAGAUUUUCCAAGAAUCUGAUGCUCCUGUUUUGCUUGAUGUUUAUGAAGAAAAAAUGCAAUUGGAAAAUAAAAUUGAUAUUGUUCAGCAUGAACAGAAUGAAUACCAUGGUUUGAAUUUAGACCGAGGAGUUCUAGGGGUGUACGAUAUAGAGGAUUUGGUUGAACUUUUGAGAAGAGACAAAGCUGAGGAUAUAUUUGUUGCUAAGCUACCUGCCGCAGCUAAUUAUGUUGAUCACAUUGUUGUUGUCAAUGGCAGAUCAAAGAGACAUAUGACUGGUAUGGCGGAGAGGGUCAGAAGAGUCUUUAAGAAGAAAAGAAUGUCAAGUGACAUUCUGCCACGUAUAGAAGGUGAAGGUUCAUCUCACUGGAUGGCUUUGGAUUUAGGCAACAUUGCCCUCCACAUAUUUUCACGUGACGCCAGACAAGUAUACGACCUGGAGUCCCUGUGGAGUGUGGGGACGGAGUUUGACACAUUAGCGAAUGCACCCGAUGAUCCUCUUAUAGCUUUGUUGAAAAAGCAUGCCAUUUCACUCAACGAUAUCACAUCCAAAGCAGAAUAAUUAUUUACAUAGUUAAUAAAUUAAAAAUAUAUUGUUAUAUACUGUUGUUA